AAAGGAUUCCCAUAGUACUUCUUUACAACUAAAAGAAACAAUUCACAAUGGCUGCCUUGAAGAGAUUCUCCACUCCAAUUUUGAAGCCAUACUGGCCAUUUUUCGUCGGUGGUGUUGCUGUGUACUGGUUGAUUGGUAAGGCCGCCUCUGCCUCUGCUGGUACCUCUGAGUUCAUCAACGAUCCAAGAAACCCACGUUUCGCCAGAGGUGAGAAGCCAGUCGAGACCAAGUAA